AUGAAGGCGUCUCUCUUACUGUCGGCUCUUGCGGCGGGAUAUGCGGCUGCAGACGAUGUUCUCUAUAGCAAGCGGCUGGCUAAGAGAGCUCUCGACGAUGGAGGGCACUACAACAUUUCCUUCUUCCACGUCAACGACGUUCACGCUCAUCUUGACCAGUAUGUGAAAGCGGGAACAGACUGCACGGAUUCUAGCCAAGGCUGCUUCGGUGGCUACGCCCGUAUCAAGACAAAAGUCAGCGAGCUGCGUGCUCGGCAUCCCAACCAUCUGUGGCUGAACGCUGGCGAUGAAUUCCAGGGCACCAUGUUUUACUCGUUUUACGGCGGAGAGAAGAUUGCUGAGACGAUGAACAAUCUCGAAUUCGACGCCAUGACGCUGGGGAACCAUGAGUGGGAUGGUGGAGACGAGAAGCUAGGAGUGUUCUUGAAGAAUCUGACAUUUCCGGUGGUGUCGUGCAAUGUGAAGAGCGAGUAUCCUGAUCUCAAAGACACGAUUAAAAACUAUCACAUUUUCAAGGAGUAUGGCUUGGCUAUCAUCGGAGCAUCGACGCCGACUACACCCACGAUUUCACACGUCGGGCCCUUGACCAAAUUUCUUGACCCCGCUCAAGAGGUUCAAAAGGCUAUCUGGGAAAUUCGCAAUACAACCAACAUCAAGCGCAUUGUAGCUUUAACGCAUAUUGGCUACGAUGUGGACCAGCAGCUGGCGGCGCAGACAGAGGGACUGUCUCUCAUCAUCGGGGGCCACAGCCACACGCUCCUUGGAGACAUGGAUGGUGCAGAGGGCAAGUAUCCAACCGUUGUGGAAGAUCUUGCCGGUAAUGAAGUUUUCAUCGUCACGUCGUAUCGCUGGGGGGAAUAUCUGGGCUCCAUCGACGUUUCUUUCGAUGAGGACGGCAAGGCGCUCAUCUACCGUGGCGCGCCAAUCCACAUGGACAACACGACCAAGGUUGAACCUGAACUCCAGGCCAAGAUUACAGCGUGGCGAGGCCCAUUUGAAGAUUAUGCCAACGAGGUGGUGGGAACUACGGAAAACACUCUUGACCAGACGGCCUGUCGGAACGGCGACUGCCUCUUGGGUGAAGUCAUGGCCGAUGCCGCAUUUGAGUAUGUCUACAAUCUCACCGCAGACUCACGAGAGGAGCAGAGGCCAAGCUUUGCAUUCUUCAAUGCAAAGGGCGUUCGGGCAACCAUUGACGCCGGCAACAUCACCCGAGGCCAGGUUAUUACGUCGUUCCCAUUUAGUAACGCUGUUGUAAAAUUGACAUACUCGGGUGCCGACCUGCUCAAGAUUCUCGAAGGCGCUGUAUCCGGAGUAAACCAAUUCAACAAUGAGAAGCUAUCGUCUGGGAUUCAAGUAUCGCAUAAUCUCCAGGUUCAAUAUGACCCGUCAAAAGACCCCGGGAACAUGCUCGUUGAUGCGAGGAUCUCUGGUCAGAGAAUCGACCCUGAUAAAAAGUACAUCAUUGUGACUGUGGAUUUCGUCGCUACAGGUGGAGACAAUAUUGUGCCAAAGAGAGAUGACUUUGUUGUAUUAGAUACGCUGGAUGAAGUGUUGGUAGAUUACAUCAAGGCUAGAACGCCGCUGAAGAACGCAUUGGAGAAGAGAAUAGGCAAGAUUGGUACAAUUACGGGCAAGGUGCAAAAGGUGUUUUCGGCUUGA